CAUCCCCUCUCUCUUUCCAUCAUGAUAAAGUAAAAAAAAUAAAAAGAAAAAAUCUUGCCCUCACGGGAGAGUGGUUUAGGCCUCAAAAAACCUCUCAACCAUCUCUCUGCCAAACCAUAUUUACAGUUCCGCUUGUGCUUUCAAUAAUUAAAAUAGUAUAUUAAAUAAUAUUGCAAAUAUUAUAUAUAAAUAAAUGUAACCUCUCUCUUUCUCUUUCUGGUUUUGUCCUUUUCUUUCUCUGAACGAGAAUGGCGAAAGAGCUUCUUCUACAACUUCAUCUACUUCUUCUCCUUCCCGAACAACGGUGUCGUUUUUCAACUCCUUUACCAACUUUCAACUUCGCAUUCUCCGCUUUCUAACUCUUCUUCUCUCCAUCUACAUUUUCAAUCCUUCCGAUCCAUUCAACUUCUUCUCCUUUCUUGCAUCCACCGACUCACUCAACUCAGAGAGGGGAUUCUUUUAUAAAUUGGUGACAUGGAGCAGUAUGAAGUACUUGAGCAAAUUGGAAAAGGUGCUUUUGGUUCUGCACUUCUUGUGAGACAUAAACAUGAGAAGAAAAAAUAUGUGCUGAAGAAGAUAAGACUUGCCCGCCAAACUGAGCGCUCUCGUAGAUCGGCACACCAGGAGAUGGAGCUUAUCUCUAAAUUACGAAACCCGUUUAUUGUGGAGUAUAAAGAUUCAUGGGUAGAAAAGGGUUGCUAUGUCUGCAUUAUUAUAGGUUAUUGUGAGGGUGGAGAUAUGGCGGAGGCUAUAAAAAAGGCUCAUGGUGUUCUGUUUUCCGAGGAGAAACUUUGCAAAUGGCUUGUGCAACUUCUUAUGGCACUUGAGUACCUGCAUAUGAAUCACAUUCUUCAUCGCGAUGUCAAGUGUUCAAAUAUCUUCUUGACGAAAGGUCAUGACAUAUGUCUGGGUGAUUUUGGACUUGCUAAAAUGUUGACUUCUGACGAUCUUGCUUCCUCUGUUGUGGGAACCCCUAGCUACAUGUGUCCUGAGCUCCUUGCUGAUAUACCUUAUGGUUCUAAAUCAGAUAUUUGGUCCUUGGGAUGUUGUUUAUACGAAAUGACAGCACAUAAGCCUGCAUUCAAAGCAUUUGAUAUACAAGCAUUGAUUAUAAAGAUUAGUAAGUCCAUAGUGGCUCCACUACCAACAAAAUAUUCUAGUUCAUUUCGAAGUCUUGUUAAAAGCAUGCUGCGGAAAAAUCCAGAGCUGAGGCCCAGUGCUUCAGAGCUUCUUGGGCACCCACAUCUUCAAUCUUAUGUUCUAAAGAUCCAUCUCAAACUCAAUAGCCCCAGGCGAAAUACAUUGCCUGCUCAUUGGCCAGAGUCAAAGUACACGAAGAAGACUAGAUUUUUAGUGCCAGAAGAUGAUACUGUUACCAUCUGUAGAGAUAAGCGCUAUUCCUAUAGUAAUGACCGGACUCUAAAUCCUUGUGUAUCUGGAGCUGAUCAAGAUUCUGUAUGCUCCACCCUAGAAAUAGAUUGUACUCCCGAUCAUUUGAAUCAAAGGUUAGCUGAAUUAUGUACAGGAGAUAGCCGUGACAUGAAGUCAGUCCAUAAACCUGUUGUUUCCAAAACUUCUAGUAUUGCUAAGACUCCAAAGUUCACUUCAUCAAAAGUUUCUGCUACCAACAGGAAAUCAAUGGAACACUCAAAGAAUCGUAAGGUGGUAAAUCAAGCUCUUCCUGUUUCACACAGCAUCACAAAGUCUGCUCAUACAAAUCGCAGAGCAUCAUUUCCAUUGCCAACAAGAGGUGGUAUUCAGCAACCUCCUUUCAGGCAGACUGUUGGUUUACUUAGCAAUGUGUCUUCACCUGAUAUCUCAGUAAACUCUCCUCGUAUUGAUAAGAUAGCUGAAUUCCCAUUAGCAUCAUACGAAGAUUCUUUCUUCCCAAUCAAUAGAACUUCAACCUCUGCACAAGGUUCCUUAGGAUUCCCAUCUCGCGACAAUUAUUCUUCAACUGUUAUAGACAAAUGCACAAUAGAGGUACGCGACAGAGCCUCUAUUAAGCCAAGUUCUACGGAUGAUUGGCAGGGAAUCAAGCGCAGCAUGUUAAAGGAAAUUCACAAGGAUAAAAGUGGUUCGUCCGAUCAAAAUGCAACGGCAGGUGCAUCAAGCCACACCUCUUCAGACUUGCGGCGCCGACAGUUUGACACUUCAUCUUACCAACAAAGGGCGGAAGCCUUAGAAGGGUUGCUUGAAUUUAGUGCAAGAUUGCUCCAGCAAGCAAGGUAUGAUGAACUUGGAGUUUUGUUGAAACCAUUUGGUCCGGAGAAGGUUUCGCCAAGAGAAACUGCUAUCUGGUUGAGCAAAAGCUUCAAGGAGAACACUAACAACCAGGAAGAAUCUCCGUAAACUGCUAUAGUAUGCACUGUAGUCAUAGAGUUCAGUGUCUCUUCAAUCACACGGGAGCAUUUAGCCAGCUGAUCAUUUUUUUAGGUUAUCACUUUUUUCAUUUACUCUUUGGGUAAUCAUGACUCAAGUUUUUUAACUGAUGAGUGAAGGAGACCUUAAAUAUUUUCAUGGUAACAAUACCUGUCUGACUCUUGUGUAAUUUAAUCCUUAUUCCUUGUAAGAAAAGGGAGCCAAGGUUGCUAUCUUAACCCUUGUAUUCAUGCACUUUUUGACUUUUUAUUGAUUUGAAUGAACAGCCUAUGGAUCACUUUAAACUCUA